GCUUCAACUUAUUUUCAACAUGCAAUUCCUGUUGCUCUCUCUGCUGGGCUCCAGCUUGGCGCUGGCUCAUGGCCUGGCUGUCUACUCCAGCUAUCCAUUGGUGUACACGACCCAAGGCACCGCUGUCGUCACGCCAACGCAGCAGCAGUAUCAAACGCAGGACGUAUUGGGUCAAUAUGCUUACGGCUAUGCUGAGCCACACUCGAGCAAGCAGGAGGUCCGCAGCCUGGACGGCAUCACGCGGGGCAGCUACAGCUAUCGCGAUGCAGCUGGCAAGCUGCAGACCGUGGACUAUAGGGCCGAUGAGCAGGGCUUCCAUGUGGCUGCUACGAACUUGCCGCAGCAGUUUCGUACGAUCAGCGCGUCAGGAGAUGACAUUUCCGCUGCAACUGCCAGCUCCGCUGCCAACAAUCGUGUUGACGCCGUCGAGGUUGCCGCCGCCACUUCGCGCCAUUUGGCGGCUCAUGAGGCGGCUCGACUGCAUCUGGCGCAGGCUCAACAAUCAGCCGGAGCUCAGCCAAUCGGUCAAUCAAAUGUGGACUUGCCUCUUCCCGUUGCCGACACAGCCGAGGUAGCUGCCGCCAAGUCGAUUCAUCUGAAGCGCGUCGCCUCCGAAACUCUACGCAACGAGCUGAUCAGCGCCCGCUCUGUGCCACGCACCAGCUCCCAUGUCAUUCUGCCCGUGCAGUCAGUCUACGGCAUUCCACGCUAUUAUAGCUCCGAGCUAGAGUUGGGAAUCAUUAAUCAAUUCUCUAUCUAUACUUCUUGCUAUGCCUCUGCACAAACGAAGGAAUCCAAAAUCAAGAUCAAGAUGCAACCACUCGACUUGAGUUUUUAUCUCUGCCUGCUGCUUGCACCACUGCACGCUGCUUUGGGUGGCUCACUACUGGACUAUGGCGCACCGCUGGCAGCAGGCACCAUCAGUCAGUAUCACAGCCAGGAUGAGCAUGGCCAGUAUGCCUAUGGCUAUACAGCUCCACUCUACUCCAAGCACGAGUCACGCACCGCAGACGGCGUGACCCAUGGCUCCUACAGCUAUGUGGAUGCGCGGGGAGAGCAGCAGACGGUGGACUACACGGCAGAUGCGGCUGGCUUUCGCAUCACCUCAAGCAGCCUGCAACAGCAGCCGAAUAAGGAGACCCCUGAGGUUGCCCAGCUGCGUGCCCAGCAUCUGGCUGCUCAUGCAGAAGCCAAGCUACGUUUGGCCGGCGGCUCAAGCUUGUCACCUGUACAGGAUACACCCGAAGUGGCGGCUGCCAAGGUAGCCUUCUUCAAGCGUUUCGAAGCGGAGAAGCUGCGCAAUCAGCUAACGAAGCCAAUCCUUAAAUCAGCUAUGCAGCCCACUUACAACAUCCUGUCUCAGCCUCUGUACGUCUAUCAACCAGCUAGUGGCUACAUUUACAAAUACAAUUCCCUGCUGAAGGCUGCGCCAGCCACACGUGAAUAUCUGCCAACGGCUUAA